CCAUGAAUAGCAUUAAAUCAAAUCAGUACAUGUACAUUGACAGAAGUUAAAGUUAAACAGUCUUGCUUAGCCAUAUGCUGCGGCUGUGCUAAUGCUGUGCUAAGGUAGGCCCAAUUACUUUACCCAGUCCAUGGAAGAAAAGGCCAGGAAUUGUGAGCUCUUGAACUAAUGUCUCCAGAGCGAUGAAGGACGCUGUUUAACCCCGCUGAGGACAGAAGUUUCCCGGCUGUCACCAUGGCGUCUCUAGCCGUCAGCUCGGCGGCUCAGAGCAGCGGGAAGCACUGCCGGUCCUUCUCGCUGCUCUUCUACCGGGCCGUGCGGGACCUGAAGCCGGUCUGGAUGCUGGAGGACAUUCGGACCAUGGAGGCUUUCUACCAGGAAGAGGACGCCAGUCAGAGGACUUACACCCCGUCGGAGGCGUUGCUCUACGCGGUAGUCCACGACCACCAGGCGUACGCCCAGUACCUCCUCAACCGGUACGCCGACGAGGCGCUAGCGAAGCCCGGGGAGCGCUUCUGCUGCCGGCCGGCCUCCUCCUCCUCCUCCUCCUCCUCCGCGGCGCCGCACCUCGCCAUGGCAGUCCGCUACGACCGGCGCUACAUUCUCGGUCUCAUCUUACAGGAGACUCACCGCAUACCAAAUACCUCCUCAAGGUGUUUCCUCACGGAGGAAGACGGAAGAACCGCGUUGCACCUCGCCUGCGAGCUGCUGCGGCCGGAGGCGGUCAUCAUGUUGCUGGGGAACGGAGCGUCGCCGCACGCCCUGGACGGAGACGGCCUGACGCCGCUGGACGUCCUCCUGGAGAAGCUCCGGGACUGCAAGGAGGCAGGUGGGGAGAGGAGGAGGAGGCAGUGUCUGGACAACCUGCUCAUGUUCACGCCAAUAAAGGUUCACUUUAAAAUGAAGGGGUCUCUGAGCACGGAGCCGGAGCGCUGGAGCGAGGUGCUGGGCGAGGAGACGUACAAGUACCUGGCGGAGAGGAGGCCGGCUCCGCUGGUCCUCACCGCCAUGCAGACUAUCCUGAGGCAGCUGAGUCCUGCGACCUUCCCGGACAGCCUGCAUGAGCUGCCCAUCCCAUCAUCCCUCAAACCAGCGGGCCUGCUGCCGGUGCUGUCCACUAUGAAAACUCCUUUAUUUUAGCAUGAUGUGUGCGUGUGUGUGUGUGUGUGUGUGUGUGUGUGUGUGUGUGUGUGUUUGAGGAGCACUUCAUUAUAGGGCUGCACAAAUAACCACUAUUACCAGUCAGGGAACAAAAUGAAUGGAUCUUAUCUAAAGAUGUGACUUCUUCAUCACACUGUUAAAAACCACUGAUUGGAUUUACUGAGAGAGAGCUGGAGGUUGCCAGCAGUGGGAGUAUACCAGGGAAUAAAACAGCCAUAUUCGUUUACACUAUACCCAGCCAUUAAAUAGCAGUUUUAUUUGUCUAAUCUCAUUUUAAAGUGUUACCUUACUAAUACUACUGCUACUGUAUGUAAGCCCACUGUAUCAUAUCAGAGUAGACCAACACUGAUGACAAGUCUAUACUGUGUUACAGUUUGAUUGUUAAUUUAUUGGAGUUUUAUUUAACAGAAAGUGAUCUUAUAGAUCAUUUGAGAACCAUUUGGAUGACUGGUUAUUUAUUUUUAAAUAAAUAAGAAUCCAUGUGAUGAUCUAA